GGUACCUAACUUACUAGCCAACCAAGGUACCUAACUUACUAGCCAACCAAGGUACCUAAUUUACUAGCCAACCAUGGUACCUAUAACUAGCUAGCCAACCAUGGUACCUAACUAGCUAACCCACCAGGCAAUAUUUAGCUAAGCUAGUUAGUUAACAUUAGCUUACCGUUCGUGCAGUCAGACCUUUUCUAAGCGGCGACACGCUAGCUAACCAACUGUCGUUGCCAUGGUUCCCGGACUAACGUAAAGCUGGCGUGUCUGACUCCACACAGAACAGUGGUGUCACUGCGGCACUACAGCUGGAACAACGUCCCUAUCUGCUGCGGCCUCUCUCAAUUCAAUUCAAUUCAAGGGCUUUAUUCAAGGGCUUUAUUUAUCUCUCUCUCUCUACUGUAACGAAGUGGUAUCGGACUCUUACAGCCACGACAGUGCGCGUGCUUGUCCGGUGAGAGUGUGCGCGCGCGCGUUCCUGUAAAAAGACGUAGUGUUCGCAAGCUAGCGCGAGGACGCGCUCUUUGAAAAUGGAGGGAUGAGUGUAACGAACCCUGGGGUUUAAUUAAUAAGGGCUAGAAGGUCGAGGGUUCGAGACCUGCUUCAUUACAAUACGAACGGAUGUCUAAGCCCCAGAAUGGUGAGUCAGGCAGCCCAGCAGCAGAUGAUCCAGAGGUGAUGUUCCAGGUACCUGGUCCAACCGUCUCCUUCUCCAGACUACACUACUCUGUCAUGGAGAGCAAUGGACUCUGCCACAAGACAGGACCUGAGAAACACAUCCUCAGAGACGUCAGCGGCAUCAUGAGACCAGGGAUGAACGCCAUCAUGGGGCCAACAGGAAGUGGAAAAACAUCUCUCCUGGAUGUGAUAGCAGGUCGUAAGGACCCAGCAGGGUUGAAGUUUGGUCAGGUUCUGAUCGAUGGGAAGAUGGUGGACUCUGACCUCCGACUCAUAUCUGCCUACGUGGUGCAGGAUGAUAUAUUGAUGGGAACCCUGUCAGUGAGAGAGAACUUGUUGUUCAGUGUGAACCUGAGACUAGACCCUAGACAUUAUUCUGCAGCUGACAAACAGCAGAGAGUGGACAGCAUCAUAGAUGACCUGGGUCUACAGGACUGUGCCCACACCAAGAUAGGAACAGAGUUCCUGCGUGGUGUGUCUGGGGGAGAGAGGAAGAGGUGCAGCAUCGGUAUGGAGCUCAUUACUUCUCCUCGUCUUCUGUUCCUGGAUGAACCCACCACUGGUCUGGACUCUAACACUGCUAACCACAUCAUCAACCUACUGCAUAGGCUGUCUAGAAGCGGUAAGACUAUCGUGUUCUCCAUCCAUCAGCCUCGUUACUCAAUCUUCAGCCGCUUUGACCACCUGACCCUGAUGCACCGAGGAGAGUUGGUGUACGCUGGAGCUGCCGGGAAGGCCCUGAGUUACUUCACUGACUUGGGGUAUCACUGUGAGCCGUUCAACAACCCCUCUGACUUCUUCCUAGACGUCACUAACGGAGAGGCUCAGUCUACUCUGGACAUCACUUCAUUUAACUAUGAUGAUAAGGAGAACUGUGACAACAGCAACCUUCUGGCAGUGAGCUACAGACAGUCAACUCAGUACCAGAGGGUGGUGGAGGAGCUGGACCAUUUGACCCAUGGUCUGGAGGGAGGGGUCGGAGGUCAGGGACAGAAGGCCGACUACGUCACCUCCUUCUGGUACCAGAUGAGGGUAGUGGGUGGUCGUAUGGUGGUGAACUCUCUCAGGAACCCCCAGACAUCGUACGCUCAGCUGGCCCUCAACAUCUUCUUCGCUCUGCUGGUCGGCCUCAUCUACUACCAGAUCCCCCUGACUCUACCUGAAGCCCUACAGAACAGGAUGGGAGCAUUCUUUUUCCUCAUCAUCAACAUGGUGUUUGGGAAUCUUUCAGCUGUGGAACUCUUCAUCAAUGAGAGAGCUCUGUUCAUCCAUGAGAACUCUAGUGGGUACUACCGUACGUCUGUCUACUUCCUGUCUAAGAUAUUCGCUGACCUCAUCCCCAACCGCAUUGUACCUAUCCUCAUCUUCUCAGCCAUCGCCUACUAUAUGAUGGGUCUGAAGCCAGCCUUCACAGCGUUCCUGCUCUUCACACUGACGAUGUCCCUGGUCAGUCUAGCUGGGGUCAGUCUAGCGUUCCUGGUCUCAGCCUCUGUCUCCUCCUUCGCUAUGGCCAACGUCCUCAUCGCCCUGCCUUUCGUCUUCAUGAUGGUGUUUGGAGGGUUCCUGGUCAACCUUAACUCCAUGUUGUCUUGGUUGUCAUGGCUGAAGUGGAUCAGCAUCUUCCGCUACGGACUAGAGGCGGUGACCAUUAAUGAGUUUAAAGGACAAAUAUUCUACAGCAACACAACCAUUCUUCCAGGGGAGGUAUACCUGGAGACCCAGGGAAUAGACUACAGCACCUGGGGUUUCUGGCAGAACCAUGUAGCUCUGGCUGGGAUCAUUACGGUGUGUAUGGUCUUGGCCUACAUACAGCUCAGACGGAUCAACCGCUGGAAGUGACACAGGCCGCAAGAAUAGAAUCAGAUUGAACUACACCUUCUGGAACAACAGGGGCUGUGAAGAGACACACAUCACAAGAAUAGAAUCAUAGAAUCAGAUUGAACUACACCUUCUGGAACAACAGGGGCUGUGAAGAGACACACAUCACAAGAAUAGAAUCAUAGAAUCAGAUUGAACUACACCUUCUGGAACAACAGGGACUGUGAAGAGACACACAUCACAAGAAUAGAAUCAUAGAAUCAGAAUGAACUACACCUUCUGGAACAACAGGGACUGUGAAGAGACACACAUCACAAGAAUAGAAUCAGAUUGAACUACACCUUCUGGAACAACAGGGACUGUGAAGAGACACACAUCACAAGAAUAGAAUCAGAUUGAACUACACCUUCUGGAACAACAGGGGCUGUGAAGAGACACACAUCACAAGAAUAGAAUCAUAGAAUCAGAUUGAACUACACCUUCUGGAACAACAGGGGCUGUGAAGAGACACACAUCACAAGAAUAUAAUCAUAGAAUCAGAAUGAACUACACCUUCUGGAACAACAGGGGCUGUGAAGAGACACAUCACAAUAAUAUAAUCAUAGAAUCAGAUUGAACUACACCUUCUGGAACAACAGGGGCUGUGAAGAGACACACACUCUCCACUCCAGUCCAUUGUAAUAUGGUUGUAUGGUUGUAUGGUUUUGUGUUGUAGAAAUGUACUGGUGUAGUUAUGUUAUGAUGUUGAUGUUGUUAUUUGGUGCCUUAAUACAGUCUAAGUCCUGUCUGUGCCGGGGGAGGGGUUCUACUGAACGAUGUGGAAUUGUUUUAAGAAUGUCAAAUCAAGGAUCUUCUUGUUAUUUGGUGCCUUAAUACAGUCUAAGUCCUGUCUGUGCCGGGGGAGGGGUUCUACUGAACGAUGUGGAAUUGUUUUAAGAAUGUCAAACCAAGGAUCUUCUUGUUAUUUGGUGCCUUAAUACAGUCUAAGUCCUGUCUGUGCCGGGGGAGGGGUUCUACUGAACGAUGUGGAAUUGUUUUAAGAAGGUCAAACCAAGGAUCUUCUUGUUAUUUGAUUUAUAGUUUUAAGACUCAUCGAGGUAUCAAAAAGAUAUAUAUAAAACAAAUAUUUGAUGAA